UCCCUGGAGCGUCUCAUGGAAAUGAAGAGGUUUCAGAAAAUCAACCACUUCCCAGGGAUGAUCGAGCUCUGCCGCAAGGACCUGCUGGCGCGCAACCUCAACCGCAUGCUCCGCCUCUUCCCCACGGACUACGACAUCUUCCCCCGCACCUGGUGCCUGCCAGCCGACUAUGGAGACUUCCAGGCCUACAGACGCAUGAGAAAGAAGAGAAUCUUCAUCUGCAAGCCAGAGAGCAGCUGCCAGGGCAGAGGCAUCUUCAUAACACGCAAUGCAGAGGAGAUCAGGCAUGGAGAGCGCAUGAUCUGCCAGCAGUACAUCUCCAAGCCUUUCCUCAUCGAUGGCUUCAAGUUUGACAUGCGUAUCUACGUGCUGGUCACCUCCUGUGACCCCCUGAGGAUUUUUGUCUACAAGGAGGGUCUGGCCCGCUUUGCCACCAUGAGGUACAUCGAUCCCAGCAGCAGAAACCUGAAAGAUAUCUGCAUGCAUCUGACCAACUAUGCCAUCAACAAACACAACCAGAACUUCAUCCGGGAUGACAGGAGAGGCAGUAAGAGGAAGCUGUCCACCCUGAACGCCUGGAUGACAGAUAACAGCUACAACACCACGAAGCUCUGGGAAGACAUUGAAGAUAUUAUAAUAAAAACUCUUAUUUCAGCUCACCCUGUGCUGAAGCACAAUUACCAGAGCUGCUUCCCCAGCCACACCACUGACUGUGCCUGCUUUGAGAUACUGGGGUUUGAUAUCCUGCUGGACAGAAAGCUGAAGCCCUGGCUGCUGGAGGUGAACCACUCUCCCAGCUUCAACACAGACACUGCCAUCGACUGUGAGGUGAAGGAUGCUCUCCUGUGUGACACCUUCACCCUGAUAAACCUGCAUGCCUGCAACAAAAGGAAGGUGCUGGAGGAGGACAAGCAGCGGGCGAAGGAACGGCUCCUGCAGGGCCCCCAAACCCUCCGGGCACCCAGGCAUGAGGAGCUGGAGGCCAAGCAGGCUGCCUGGCUGGAGCAGGUGGAGCAAUACGAGGAGUCCCACCGCGGCGGCUACCGCCGCAUCUACCCAGCGUGGGGUGCGGAGCGGUACGAGCCCUUCUUCAGGCAGAGCAGCUCCCUCUUCCAGGAAACAGCGGCCUCCAGAGCUCGGGAGGAGUGUGCCAGGCAGCAACUGGAGGAAAUUCGCUUGAAAAAAGAAAAGCUGGAAGGUAUUACCAGGAAGAAGAAAAAGGAGAGGAAGGAGGACCUGCAGGGAGAGUCAGCUGGGGACAAAUCCCAGCUCCAAAACAAACCCACAGUGCCUACCACCCGCCUCACCCACAGAAGCACCACGAUGGGGGACAGGAAGGCCCAGCACAUGCAAUACGACUCCACACAGCCCCAGGACAUCGUGGAGUACGAGGAGAAAAGAAGAGUGAAGGCACUCCUGCAGCGUGAGAAGCUCAUCCGAGGACUGGGCUUCAUCCCUCAGCUCUGCCAGCUGCUCCCCACAGCUCCCAGACCAGCCCACACCCAGAGAUCCUGCACUGCUAACCCCCGGAGCCAGCUGCAGUUCCCCUGGGAUGUGCUCCAGGCCCAAGACCCCCAGCACGUCGUGAGGCUCAUCCCCAUCUCACUUCUGGGAGCUCCAGUCCAGCCAUCAGGACAGCAGUUCACACGUGACCCCAGAGCCAACGUCCAGCUGCCACCCAGCCAGGGCACAGAUCCUGCCACUGUGGGCAGCCUCUGGGUCCAAGGCCAGAGCAUCCCUUCCUGUGACCAGCACAGGGCACGGAGCACAGGCUGGCUGCAGGGCCGGGCAGCAUGGCCAGCAGCGGUGACCCAGCCCCAUGCUGAACCCCCAGGGCUGCAGCAGCUCCCUGGCAGUGGGAGCACAGCUGAGGGCUGUGAAGCUGGCACGCUGUCCUCCCACGCAGGCAGCUGUCACCUGGUGUCCCCAGCCAGCCCAGGGAAGGCAACAAGUGUUGGCAUCUUCAGUCCUGCUGUGGUUCGGGAGCUGCCCAUCGCCUCCACGGCCCGUGUGCCGCACACACCUGGCUUGUACCGUGCCAGUAUGAAAAGCGCAGCAGCCAAGCGCCCCGCUCCCUGCCCGCUGCGGCCGUUCCUAGCUCCUCGUUCCCCGACCACCUGCCCGGCACCGGCACGCUCGGGGCUCCCCCGCCGGGUCCUCCCCGCCGCAGGCUCCGCCUGGUACCAAGCGCCCGGCCCCCGGUUCCCGGCCAUGGCGGCGCUGGUCCGGGGAGGGCUGCGGACGGCAGCUUACCUCCUUGGUGGGACCCCGCGGCGGGCAGCGGCGGCGUGGACCGGGGACAUGGAGCCGCCAGACUCGGCGCUGGAGGAGGCCGAGAGGUGCGAGGCGGCGGGGAACCGGAACUGGGGGCUCGGCGGCGGCAAAAGGCGGCGCGGCUGCAGCGGAUACGGCGGGAGCUGGGCGAGGGGCGCGGAGCCCCCGAGCGCACCCUGA